AUGAAACUUGAUUUAAUACUGGACUCUCUGCCAUACACAAUCCAUCGCUUCUCUCCCUCCACUCCAGCUUCAGCGUAUUUACCGUUGGUCGACAAUCAAGACUGGUACAGCAUCACCAAGACCCCUGAUGAGAUCUCUCUCGUUAUUUCUCAUGACUGGACUGAUAUCAACAGCGAUCAACUAAUUCCUAACUGUGAACACAAGGUCUCGCCUGAUUGGCGCUGCUUCAAAGUUCAAGGCCCAUUGGACUUUAGCUACGUGGGCAUCAUGGCUAAUCUGAGUGGAGCAUUGGCAGAGAACAAGAUCUCGGUUUUUGUAGUCAGCACCUAUGACACGGACUAUAUUCUAGUCAAGAAGGACAAAGCCUUGGAUGCCAAAACAGUUUUUGAAUCGAUUGGGCAUUCUGUGCUUGUUCUAUAG